AUGGCUAGCCAUUCUACCUAUGAGUAUGAGGAUAGGGGUCAGAGGAUGCGACAUAGGGUUGGUACCACUUCUAGGCCUGCUGAUUCCACCGUAGCCUGCACCAGUGGCCAGUAUUAUGUGGGCCCAAGCAGCGACAUUAGUGAGGAAGACCUUGCAGACCUGCCUUCCUGCGUUUACGCGGGCAGAUCCACCCAACACGUCGCUCACACCUCCUCACACACUCAUUCUCCUCUCCAUUACCACAUGCCUGUUUCUACACCUGAUCAUAAUGAUACAGAGAUAAAUGGUGUAGAAGAGGGCUACUAUCCAAAUGGCAGUCCCUACAGAAUCCAGCGGCACGCCGCCAACAUUCGCGAAAGAAAACGCAUGCUGAGCAGCAUCAACUCGGCUUUCGACGAGCUACGAGUUCACGUACCAACGUUUCCGUAUGAAAAGAGGCUAUCGAAGAUUGACACUUUGCGCCUGGCUAUAGCGUACAUUGCUCUACUUCGAGAAGUGUUGGCCGCCAGGCUCGAUCCACUCACUUACGUCGAGAGGUGCCUUAGGGGGGAAAUAAACGGUGAACGUGCGGAAUGGAACACCAGUGAUCUGACUGCACGUUUGUCAUGGAUAAAUUGGGAGAAUCUAGGCGUGAAUCCUAAUCGACGAUCGGUUCUAACCACACUCGCCCUGACGACGGACAAUAUGAAUUAAAAAAUGAAAAAAACGUAAAGGAUAACCGCAGACGAAUUCUCCUUUUCUUU